AUGGAGAAGGAGAAGAAGGAGAAGAAGGAGGAGAAGAAGGAGAAGAAGGAGGAGAAGGAGAAGAAGAAGAGUGGAGAGAAAGGAGGAAAAGGAAGAAAGAUUCAUAAAGAAAAAGAGAUGUGUGCUAGCCGAGAAAAGGCGAGUAAAAAGAAGAAGGGCAAGAAAGCGUCGAGAGGGAGUAAGAGAGGAAAGAAAGAAAAAGAAGCGAAGAUGAAAAGAAGGAAGAAUCAAUGGAAGAAGUAA